GGACGGGGAGCGGGCGAUAAUAUGGAGGAGGGGAGCAGGGACCGAACGAUCAAAGUAAAGAACCGGCGGACCCACUUGGGUCGGCACUGCGAUCUUCUUUCUUUUGCUCUCACUCAGCUAUCCUGACGAGCUUUUUCGAAAAAGCAGGCAGGCUGCUCGUCCUUAGCGCGGCCCCGAACCGUCGAUGAUCUGCCAUCACAUCCAUCAUUUCCCUACUCGUCGAACCAGCAAUCGCAGACAAACAGCAUCCAGACGGGGUGAAUCAACUGUCGGCAACAGGGGUUCGAGUUGUUACUUUGCCACACUGCCGUCGCUCCAACGCUUCUCGAGAUUAAUUUAUUUAAUUGUUUUUCUUUUUUUUUCUUUUUUUUUUUUUUUUAAGACACUAUCGCCGCUGGUGGCAAUCAUACCCUUGCACCCCUCGCUGCAGCCUUGUCCCCCCUGUUGCUUGAAAUAAAAACACCAAAUAGGGGAAACUGAAGUCGGCUUCUAGUCUUCU